AUGGCCAGAGAUGAAAAGGCAUAUCAAGGAUGCAAGAUCGGGAUCGUGGCACAAGAGCUUGUGGGAAAAGCUUGGAUAGUCGAACCCCAGAGGACUCGAAUGUGUACGAUCAUUUGUAGCUUCGAGGAGCUGCAGGUCGUGUCAGCUUGUACUGAAGGGCAGCUUAGUGGGUUGCAGAUCAGUGACACAGUAAUUAUGUCAUGGCAUGAGGGUAUGUUGAGGAUCAAGACAUCUGGGAUGAGUAGUGCUUGGCUUGAGGGGCAAAGCCUUAGAGUUGACACAAAGUACAACAGUAUUGCCAGGCAGGGGCAUAGAGGUGCAAACUUGGCUAUGUGGCUGGACUGCUGCGUGCUUAUUGAUAUGUCCGAGAAAAAGAUUCAAGAGGGUUGGCCCUGGUCCGGUCCAUCAACACUCGGUUCGAUCCUUCCGAGGGGUCGACGUCAAGAAAAAUUAGAGUCCCGUAAGCUGAGUGUCGCAACCGAGCCACCGAUCACUAUCCCAUUGCGGUCGGUGGAAUCCGAAGUUUGGGGCCAUGGGAAGCUCGCGGCCUGGACCAGCAUCCGGCAGGAGCGGUGGGAGGGGGAGCUCGUAAUAGAGGGAAAGAUACCACUUUGGCUCAACGGCACCUACCUAAGGAACGGCCCCGGCCUAUGGAACAUAGAGGACUACAACUUCCGCCACCUCUUCGAUGGCUAUGCCACCAUCGUCCGCCUCCACUUCGACAGCGGCCGGCUUCUCUUCGGCCACCGCCAAGUCGAGUCGGAGGCCUACAAAGCCGCCAUGAAGCACAGACGCCUCUGCUUUCGCGAAUUCUCCGAAGCUCCGAAACCCGACAGCUUCCUCGCCUACGUCGGCGAGCUUGCCAGCCUUUUGUCCGGCGCCUCCCUCACCGACAACGCCAACACCGGGGUCGUCAAGCUCGGCGACGGGCGGGUCGUCUGCCUCACCGAGACCAUCAAGGGCUCCAUCCAAAUCGAUCCCGACACGCUGGACACCAUCGGGAGGUUCGAGUACACCGACAAUUUGGGCGGUCUGAUCCACUCGGCGCAUCCAAUCGUGACCGACUCGGAGUUCCUGACGCUGUUGCCGGACUUGGUGAGGCCGGGUUACACAGUGGUGAGAAUGGCGCCGGGGAGCAACGAGCGGAAAGUGAUCGGUAGGGUGAGUUGCCGGGGAGGCCCGGCGCCGGGGUGGGUGCACUCGUUUCCGGUGACCGAGCACUAUGUGGUGGUGCCGGAGAUGCCACUAAGGUACUGUGCCCAGAAUCUUCUCAAGGCUGAGCCCACUCCACUGUACAAGUUCGAGUGGCACCCGGACUCCGGUAGCUACGUGCAUGUCAUGUGUAGAGCUAGUGGGAAAAUUGUGGCGAGUGUGGAGGUGCCACCCUAUGUCACGUUCCAUUUCAUCAAUGCAUAUGAGGAAGAGGAUGAGGAUGGUAGGGUCAUUGCCAUAGUUGCCGACUGCUGCGAGCACAACGCCGACACGACGAUCCUUGAGAAGCUUCGCCUCCGGAAUCUGAGGUCAUUCGCCGGCCAUGAUAUGCUCCAAUGCAAUAACAGGGUGGGCCGUUUUCGAAUACCUUUGGAUGGGAGCCCAGUAGGGGAGCUGGAGGCAGCACUGGACCCAGAUGAGCAUGGAAAGGGGAUGGACAUGUGCAGCAUCAACCCGGCCUAUCUGGGCAAGAAGUAUAGAUAUGCCUAUGCCUGUGGGGCCCAAAGGCCGUGCAACUUCCCCAACACUCUCACAAAGAUCGAUUUGGUAAAGAAGAAGGCAAAGAACUGGCACGACCAGGGUGCAGUGCCUUCAGAGCCCUUUUUCGUAGCCAGACCUGGGGCUACUGAGGAGGAUGAUGGCGUGGUCAUAUCCAUCGUCAGUGCUGAAAACGGGGAAGGUUAUGCACUGGUCCUCGAUGGGUCCACCUUCGAGGAGAUCGCACGAGCCAAAUUCCCCUAUGGACUUCCUUAUGGGCUGCAUGGGUGUUGGGUUCCGAAGAAGGCUCCAUAG